AUGCCCGUUCCUCCAAAACAAACUACUCUCGGGUCUCCCCUCCAAACUCAACCAAAAACCACGCCAAACAGUAGUCUCAGAACAAGAUUUCAAUCGAGCUGGGGCCCUUCGAGUAGCGAAACAAAACACCACAGGAGCCAGUCGUCACCAUUGAAACAGGCCAUUUCUCGAAAAGCACCACUCAAGGACUUUGAUGACGAGAGCUUGGUUAGUCUCACUUCACACGAGAGUAACGAUGCCGCUUCCACUAUAGCGACAAGCACAGAUGUAGGUUCAAUUGAUAACAAGAAUGGCACCAGGCACAUAUUGCCGCCCAUUGAGUAUAAACUUUCCACCGACCUUUCGCAACUAGCAUACAGUUUGUACCGCGUCGACACCACGGAGUCGAUGAAGCAAGAGCACUUGACAAGACCCGAGAGAUUUGGCGCCAAAAUCAACCUUUCCCAACGCGAAAUAGAUAUGGUUAGAUACACGUGGAAUCUGAUGGUGCAGGAAGAACGAUCGAGUAAAGCCAGAAUGCCCGGCCAGUUCCCACUGGAAAAAACCGCAGUUGGCAGCUCAUUGCCUCGACAAGCAACCGGCUCUAAAAAUAUCUCGUGUCCCGUUUCCUUGAGUUUAUUCUGCCAGCAGUUCUACGCCAACGCGCUCGCCACGGCUCCCGAGUUGGAAAAAAUGUUUCCCUCGAUCAAACACCAAAGUGUCAGCUUUGCAGGGAUCAUGAGCUUGAUCAUUUCGCAGUUGGAAGACUUGUCGGUGCUCGAGUCGUAUUUCGUAAGCUUGGCUAAGAAGCACUCGCGAGGCUUGGGGAUCGAGCCGGGCCAAUUUGAAAUCAUGGGCGAGGCGUUAAUCUAUACCUUUAAGGAGAGAUUUGGCGAGCAGUUCACGUUGGAGUUGGAGAUUCUCUGGAUCAAAGUGUAUUUGUUUCUUGCAAAUUCACUUCUCCAGUUGGGUGUUGACCCGAUCAUGAAGCCCGAGGUGCUCGAUGGUCAAAUGUCGAUAUACGGGGGUGCCAAUAUGCACGACUCGGAAAGCAUGGUGACCCGGCUGGAGUAUGAGCUUCGUCCGCAGGUGUCCAACACUACCACCAUGAGCCAAUCGCGAGAUGACAGAAGCAGCAGCCAUCGUAGAUUCUUUACAAGAGGCACAAACACUGGGGGUGCCACCGAUGUCGAUGACGCCGCCUCCUCUACUUCAAAUUUGAAAAGGGCACAACUUCAGCCAAAGGAUCAUCCCGUCCAACCACAGUUGGAACAGCAACAGCAGAAAUCGCCAAAGAAAAAGAGCAAGAAUCGUAAGUUCAAUGCUUUUAGAAGGAAAGGUGAUUGCACAAUCACGUGA